AGUCCUUUGCAGGAAAUCUCAGUUCACACAUACGGGCAAUUCAGCAUAAUGCCACCUACUGACAUGAUUUUGGGAAGACAAACAGGAAGAAAACAAGCAAAACACAUGCUGAAACCUGGCUCCACAGUUCAAUUUUCUAUUACACAGUAAGAAUUUCCUUUUCAAGAAUGACUACCUUUGAUGGGUUAAUAAUUAACAAACAAGGAAUUCAAGAUUUCAGCUGCUCCAAGCCAAUACUAGAUAUCAUGUCACAGGCCAAUUAUGGGCAGGCCGGAAGAAAAGGAGAAAAACGUGAAGAAAAAGCUUGUAUCUCCUCCAGCAAACUCAAACGCAGAGAUUCUUCACUGCAACCAACAUGGCUUUCAGCAUCGUGAAAAAGACUUUGCCUCCACUGCUUGUUUUCCUUUGCUUAAACAUCAUCACAAACAAGACAGAAGCAGUAAACAUUCGGGAGAAAUGCAUGUGCAUCCAACAGACUGAAGCAGUAUUAUGGGGACGCGUGAAGGACUUCAGCGUGAUUAAUUCAGGACCUCAUUGCAAUAAAGAUCAGAUCAUUAUCAAAAUGCAGAGUAAAUCAGUUUGUCUGGCUCCGAACUCCAAACAAGGCAAGAAGCUGCAGAAAUGUUGGAAGAGGAUUAACUUCAAUAAAGGGAAGAAGAAGGCUUGCCUGCAGCAAAGAAAAGUCAAACGAAAACAAAAAAAGUCCAAAACGCCAUAACUCUGUUAAAGUUAUUUGACAGCUAUAUAUAACGCACAUGUAACCUUUUGGUUAUUGAUUUUUACGUACAAAAGAAUUUUUGGUAGGUAAUUUCCAGGAGUGUACUACAAAGAAGUGCUAAUUUGAGGCCAAGCCCUUUGUUAUUUCAGCAGUUCUACAGUAUGUAUUUUGAAUAUAGGUUUCACACCUAAAUGGAAGGUAUAAAAACUGUCAAAAAAGGCCCAAUAUGUAUUGUUCUAUGCGUGUACUAAAGAAUAGUGCUGAUGCAACUUUAUUCGAUAAUUGCAUUUUCAGCAAUGCUUACAUUAUAUUAUAUUAUACUAUAGUUAGACAUUUUUUGUGUUCUAAUAACUUACAGAAAUAAAAUGUGUAGCUUCAAAUUACUCAUGUAUAAUGUAAACCAAGCAAAGUUGCCUAGAACAAAAUAUGUUUGCUGCUUAGAAUUAAUUUAGUGACUUACUUAAGGACAAAUUAAUGGCUAUUAUAAAGUAUAGCUGACAAGUUGCAUGUUGCUAAUUGCACUUCUAUCAUACAAGGCUGCAUAUACAUUAAUAAAACAAUGAUUUCUGUA